GAGAUUGUUAACCAUAAAUAAACGAAACAAAUCCCUCAUUAAUUGAUUAUUUAUGUAUUUGUUAAAUAUUUCACAAAGUGCGUGAUAUCAACCCAGCGAAACAAGAAUUAGUGAAAGAAAAACUAACACAAGGCAAGCAAGCAAUUCACACGUUUUCAUUUUUGCAUAUGAGGGGCUUCAAACCGGGGGGUGAAAUCCGGACAGGUUGUUAUAGCUACCCAAUCCACAGGGGUCCCCCCCACCCAGCCUUAAACAACCUUAUAUAUAUAACACACAACCCUUGCAUGUCCCAAAUAACUAUUAAAAGAGUGUCUUGAGCAUUGCAGUUCAGGCAGGCUGACUGACUGACUGAGUGAGUGACUGUAUCAUCAGAAUUUCCCCCGUGGCAAAAGCCUCUGAUUGGGUCCGAACGCAAAGCUGCUCUGAACUUUAAAAUUUGCCUCAUGAACGCGCUCAGGAGACGGCUGUAGGAUUAUCGGAGAGAAAUAUCGCUCAUCAUCACCUUGGUUUUUCUCAUUGACAAACGCGGGCGAGCGUGUGUGUCAGUGUAUGCGAGUGUGCGUGUGCGCGUGUCGGUUUAAGCCAAACUUUUUUAAGGAUGAUAUAUCUUGGAUAUUUCCUGUUUCUUUUUUGUGGGCUCACGCGUGUCAUGGCAAGUUACCCGAUAUGGUGGUCUCUAGCAGUGGGCCACCAGUACUCUUCACUGGGUAGCCAGCCCAUACUCUGCAGCUCCAUCCCCGGCCUGGUCCCCAAGCAGCUCCGCUUCUGCCGUAACUAUGUGGAAAUAAUGCCCAGCGUGGCAGAGGGGGUGAAAAUCGGCAUCCAGGAGUGCCAGCACCAGUUCCGCGGACGCAGAUGGAACUGCACUACCAUCAAUGAUAGCCUGGCCAUCUUCGGACCAGUGCUGGACAAAGCCACUAGAGAAUCGGCAUUCGUCCAUGCGAUUGCCUCCGCCGGGGUGGCGUUUGCUGUGACGCGUGCUUGUGCCGAGGGCUCGGCGACCAUCUGUGGCUGUGACACACGGAGGAAAGGACCACCGGGUGAAGGGUGGAAGUGGGGCGGCUGCAGUGAGGAUGUGGAGUUUGGAAAUAUGGUAUCACGCGAGUUCGCUGAUGCCCGUGAGAACCGGCCAGAUGCUCGCUCCGUUAUGAACCUGCACAACAACGAAGCUGGACGAGUGUCAAUCACUGACCACAUGUACCUAAAGUGUAAGUGUCAUGGCCUCUCGGGUAGCUGUGAGGUUAAAACCUGCUGGUGGUCCCAACCUGACUUUCGCAUGAUAGGCGACUACAUGAAGGACAAGUACGACAGCGCGUCAGAAAUGGUGGUGGAGAAACAUAAGGAAUCAAGAGGCUGGGUUGAGACCUUACGACCAAGGUAUACUUUCUUCAAGCCCCCAACCGAAACUGACCUUGUCUACUAUGAAAGCUCACCUAACUUCUGCGAGCCUAACCCAGAGACCGGGUCCUUCGGCACCCGGGAUCGCGUCUGCAACUUGACGUCACACGGUAUCGACGGCUGCGACUUGCUCUGUUGCGGUCGAGGCCACAACACCCGAACUGAGAAACGAAAGGAGAAGUGCCACUGCAUUUUCCACUGGUGCUGCUACGUCAGCUGCCAGGAGUGUACGCGAGUUUACGAUGUCCAUACCUGCAAAUAAGUCUCCAAAACGAGACUGGACCAGAUGUUUGGGGAUGUGAACACCCGAGAGCCUAGAGUUUGAGUUUUUUCGUAAGAAGAAAACUUCAGAAAUGAGAUGGUGAUGUGAUUCUAGAAAGUUAAUAACAGACAAAAAGAAAGACCCGUAAAGGCUUCGUUCUUCAUCCUGGCCUUGGUAGGACACGACAUGCUUCGACAGGACUCUCUAGCUCAGUUCUACAUACGAAAGUCUGAUAUUGGAGGGGCUGGAUCGGAUUCCUGGACUCUCAGGCCCAUGGGACCCUGACCAAUUGUUUCUCCAAGAAAAGAACAGAAAAACUUGUGACGACGAGUAAACUCCAACACAACGAAUGUGACUGGAAUGCCGGAGUUUGCCCACAAGUGCCUCUGAAAUAUGAUAAUAGUAACAUUACUAGUAGUAGCUUUCCUACUAACACCAUUAAAGAAGCUAAUUGUACCAUUUUAAUGCAAAGUGCAUUCCAACAAACCUGAAUACCAGCAAAACAACUGCUUAACAACUUCCUUUACAGCACAUCUUACACUUCUUGUCGUUUCUGUAUGUAAGACCAAACAUACUGUAUGAACUAAUCUAUUAGGAUGAGCUUAUGGUUACUAACACUAGGUUAUGAAUGCACUUGAGUGAAUGUCAGUGUUUUCCUGAUCUGAUUGUUUUAACACUUUUGAAAUUAACCUGAAUGAAUGAAUUAACUUGACUAUACAGUAAAUGGAUCGACUCUGACCACAACAGGUUCAGUGUACUGACAUAAAUAAUAAACCCAUCUAAUAUUUAUAUCAAGACCCAAAUAUCUAUUUAAGCUAAAACAAACAAAUGUUUAACAAAACUAAAGUGUCAGCACUUCUGUCUUGAAAUGGAGCAUGAUGUUCAUUUGCUGUAUUUGUGUGUGACAGUAUUAUUGAUAUUUAACAGACAUAGAGGUCCAUGACAUUUCAACAUAAACCUAAAGGUGUGUUGUGGAGCGAGAACUGUGCCUGUAUUCAGUACCUGCGGGGUCCAAAAUGAACAAUUGCCAAAAGUCCAAAUGGGAGUAAAAUUGCUUUAGUGAAUUCAUUAUGGUUAGGGAACAUUUUUAGGAAUUUGAAAAGUGCAGCAUUGUUGAAAUGGCAAUGUUGAAAGACAACCUGAACCCGCGAUUACCUCAAAACCCGGUAAUUGUUGCAUACUCCAACUGUUACCUCCAAAUUUUGCAUCAUUUAUGUGGCUAGAAAGU